AGCAGCCGACCUUGACGCCAGAAACCCCGCCAGGGGGCGCACGGCGCUGCGAGGGCCUCGAGUGGCGGCCAAUCAGAGCUCGAGAGCGUGCGAGAGUGUGUGUGUGUGUGUGUGGGGUCGAGCUGUCAGAGGAGUGAGUAUUUUGGUGUGCAGAAAAAACAACAAAUCACGCUGAAAUCCGCACGCAAUUCGCCAAGUGAUCGGUGAAUUGUAUCGACAGGGGUGGGCAGGUGAUUGUAUGCCCAGAAAUUGCCUCAGCGUGUCCUAGCGAAUUGGCAGUGGACGGCCAAAGUGCGGAUGUGUAGCGAAAAUAAUUCAGCAACAGAAACAAAAUGGCGGCGAACAUGGCUGUCUCGAGAAUAAAACGCGAGUUCAAAGAAGUGAUAAAGAGCGAGGAGAUCGUACAAUGUAGCAUCAAAAUAGAAUUAAUCAAUGACAGCUGGACAGAACUGAAGGGCGAGAUCGCGGGACCGCCCGACACUCCGUACGAGGGCGGCAAGUUUCAGCUGGAGAUCAAGGUACCGGAAACGUAUCCAUUUAAUCCGCCCAAGGUGCGGUUCAUCACAAAAAUCUGGCAUCCCAACAUCUCCUCUGUCACCGGAGCGAUCUGCCUGGACAUCCUCAAGGAGAAUUGGGCCGCGGCGAUGACUCUGCGGACGGUUCUGCUGUCACUCCAGGCUCUCCUGUCGGCCGCUGAGCCCGACGACCCGCAAGACGCAGUCGUGGCGUCACAGUAUAAAGACAACUAUGAUAUGUUUGUCCUCACCGCCAGACACUGGACAAAUGCUUAUGCAAACGGUCCUCUGCACUUCCUCGAGCUGGACGCGAAGAUACAGAGACUCAAAGACAUGGGGAUUGAGGAGAAUGAGGCGCGGGCCGCGCUAUCCAGAUACAAUUGGGACAUUGAAAGAGCGACACAAAAUUUAUUUAGUUAGUUUUUAUCAAUAUUCUUGCGCUCUUUUUAACGAAUGCCCCUGAAACAUUCUGAUUAUUUCUUUUUUUAUUUUCCCUUUCGAUCGGCCUUUUUAAUUUUUGACAGAUUCAGUUGAUUGUGGUGAAUCUCCAGAGAGAAAAAAAAUUGUAAAAACUAAAAGCCUCUGCGGUAAAUUGAACAAUAAUAUCUAGCGAGAGAGAGAGAGAGAGAGAGAGAGAGACAAUGAUACAAAUUACAGGAUUUCUUUGAUCAAUCUUUGCCUUUACGUUUUUUGCGCAACAACCAUUCCUGAAUGCAAGAAUAAUAUUUACAGCUGAUAAAGAGAGAGACGAGAAAUUGAGUGAAAUUUGAAAAGUGUAAUAAAAUGUUAAAAUGGUCA